UGCGCGAUGACGCGCCGGGACGUGCCCGCUAUAUGAGCCCCGGCAGGCGCUGACUCGGCCCUUUCCGCCUCGCUCCCGCCCGCUCUCGGGUCGCUGCGCAGAGACCCGCGCCGCCGCCGCCCGUCGCCGCCGCCAUGAUCAUCUACCGGGACUGCAUCAGCCAGGACGAGAUGUUCUCGGACAUCUACAAGAUCCGGGAGGUGGCGAACGGCCUGUGCCUGGAAGUGGAGGGGAAGAUGGUCACCAGGACAGAGGGUCAAAUUGAUGACUCUCUAAUUGGUGGCAAUGCCUCUGCUGAAGGUCCUGAGGGAGAUGGAACAGAAGCCACGGUCAUAACCGGUGUCGAUAUAGUAAUAAACCACCACCUUCAGGAAACCAGCUUUACAAAAGAAUCCUACAAGAAAUACAUCAAGGAUUACAUGAAAGCAAUCAAAGCCAGACUUGAGGAACACAAGCCAGAGAGAGUAAAGCCUUUCAUGACUGGGGCUGCAGAACAAAUCAAACACAUCCUUGCUAACUUCAAAAACUACCAGUUCUUUGUAGGAGAGAACAUGAAUCCAGAUGGCAUGGUGGCUCUUCUGGAUUUCCGUGAGGAUGGUGUGACCCCGUAUAUGAUUUUCUUUAAGGAUGGCUUAGAAAUUGAGAAAUGUUAACAAAUCAAACAGUAUGGUUUUGGAUCACUUGUCUUCAUAGCUGGCUGCUGUUUCUUCUUCAUUGGCACAACACCAGGAAUCGGCAAUGUCUAACUGGACUGAUGUCAUCUUGAGCUUUAUUCACUUAUUUUGACCCUGAUUUGGAGUGGAGGCAUUGUUAUAAAAAAAAGAAAAAAAAAAAACCCCAAACAUCUGUCAUGUAGGUUGUCUAAAAUAAAACUCAUUUAAACCCA